AUGGACCUUCACCGCCCCUUCAAGAUGGACAGCCCCUCUUACCUGCCAGCUCCACUGGCCUCCCCUGCCCUCAUGGUCCUCGCCUCCACCGCCGAGGCCAGCCGGGACGCCUCGGUCCCCUGCCAGGCGCCCAGGCCCUUCGGCAUCCCCGCUUCCAUGGAGAAGGACCUCCACCUCCCCUUCCCUUCAGCCUCCUACACGUUCACCUCCAUGUACCAGCGCCAGGUCCCCAUGUCAGGCACCUUCUCCACCCGAGACUUCCCGGCCUCCUUAAUCCACCUGCACCCUCAGUUCACCCCACCAAACCUGGACUGCUCCACGCUCGGCAUGCUCAACCACAGUGGAGUGGGCGCCUUCCGACCUUUCUCCUCUCCGCAAGAGGAGAGGGAGUGCGGGGUUUACCAGUCCGCUUUCACCCCGGCCAAGAGGCUGAAGAGCUGCUUCCCAGACGUGGAGGGGAAGGAGUUUGACUUUGGCUCCUUGGGCGGCUGCCUCAAAGCCGGGGAGGACUCAGGGAGGAAGCUGUUCUCCAUGUCGGGCCUGCUGUCUGAUGGAGAGGCCUCAUCGAGCCCGGAGGAGCGCAAAGAGCACAAUAAGGUGAAGGGUCUGUACGACGCUCAGGCCCCCAUGUGUCCCGUGUGCCAGGCUGUUCUCCGACCUUGCGAGCUGCAGGAACACAUGGAGCAGGAGUUAACCAAACUGGCCCAGCAACAAAUCAGUGCCGCUCCAGUGCAGCACAGCCACCUGGUACGAGCCCCAAAGUCUCUCUCUCUCUCUCUGCACAUAAAGCGUGAAGGAGGUUCUCCCACGUCUCCCCCUCGACCGGCCGACGACCCUCACUCUGACCGAUACCAGACGUUUCUCCGUGUGCGGGCCAACAGACACACGAGACUGAAUGUCGAUGACCUCUGCUGGUGCAGGUGCUACGUCAAAUCUGCCCCAUUACGCCCUCACAUCGCAGGAGCCCACCUAGACUGCACACAAGCUGUCAGGAUUGGAAAGCUGAAGAGGAGGAAACCAGAGGACGGACAUGAGGGUUCACUUGACCUGGCGCCAUUGGAGAAUGAGUGGAACGAGAGGAGAAGGAUACCGAUGUCAUCUAUGGUUGGAGGGUUUAAAGGUGCGAUGCUGGUGAGCACUACUUCCAAGGAGUGUCGAGACAGUGACGCAGACCUGGACGUGGAUGGAGACGAUACUCUGGAGUACGGCAGAGCACAAUACACAGAGGCAGACGUCAUCCCCUGCUCGGGAGAAAGCUCCAAAGAGACGACAGUGAACAGCAGCAUACUGCCUGAUUCCAGAGUAAACCUCGGCUAUCCCAAAUGGUUAAAUGAUGGGAGUCCUUCCACCAGCAGUGGAGAGAAAGGGGACAGCAGCCUCGCAGUUCUGCCCAAAACCUGCAAAAACACUGACGUAGAGCUGCUCUCGGAAGACUCCACACUGACAACCCUGGAUGCACUUAAAGCUCGGAUACGGGAUUUGGAGAAACAGUUGUCUAAAGGAGACAGAUUUAAAUGCCUCAUCUGCAUGGACACGUACACGACGCCGCUCACCUCCAUCCAGUGCUGGCACGUUCACUGUGAGGAGUGUUGGCUUCGUACGCUGGGAGCAAAGAAGUUGUGUCCUCAGUGCAACACCAUCACCUCACCUGGAGACCUGAGACGGGUCUUCCUGUGACCGGGGAGGGGCUUCCUCUGUUUUUAGCCAAUCAGGGGUGGACUUGUGGGCAGCUGGCCUGUCAGACUGCCACCCUCCUCUUCCUCCUCGUCUUCCUGACCCUUUCUUUACGGCAGUGUUCGCCUAAAUUCCACGCAGCCAUGACCUUUGACCUUCCUUUACACCCCCUGUAUAAAAUCCAUGUUCGUGCUGCGACAUCAACCAGAUCUGAAGAAACAUUUAAAAACCAAUUGAGAGCUCAGGCACUGGAAAAACAAAAAAACAUAGAUAAAAUGCUUUGGGACGAUAUUUAUCUUUUUCUAAGUCUGUUUUAUGAGGGAAAACAAGAACCACAUGCAAAGCACAUGUACAUAUUUUUGUGUAAGUUUUGGAUUGGUGUGUGUGUGUGUGUGUAUAUGAUGUUGACGAGCAGAACCACCUGACUGUAUUUACUGUACAUAGUCUUCGAUUAGAUCAUUUAUUAUUUGUUUAGCUCCUGUAGGUUCACUAACAGUAAUCGCAUAACACUCAUUUUGUCUUCUGUCAUUGACGUGUU